AGGCUUUCUGGCUGACCGAAGAAAGGCGAGGGGUGGGCUCAGAGACCCGGGAAGUGCUCGCUCGCGGCCCCACAGCAGCGGUAAAACUGGAGUCCCGCUCCAGCAGAGCCCGGCGUCCUGGCGAAAGCAGUGUUCUUUCUCGAGCGGUGGCCUGGCGGCUGCGCGCCUCCGCAGCCUCGGGCUUGGCUGCCCGGAACUAAGAGAGCAUCCUCACCUGGUAAGAGGGAGGAGGGGAACUUGGUGCGAGCCUCCUGCGGCGCCAGAGAGCCAGAGCCCACCGUCCUCCCUGCCGCAGCGGUUGUUAAUGCCUGGGAGCAGACAAGGUUCAUUUGUUUUUUUUCCGGAUGUUUGUCUUAAACAUGGACAAAUACACCGCCUUCCAGGGUCGUACCGUUUACCUUGCCAGCAGAACAUCUUUUUACUUCAAGACGUUUGAUACUCCCAAUCUCUGAAUUCUGGUGUUUGUUGAAUAUGCCUUAUUAGCAUAUUAAAAUGGCUGUACCCAAAGACGCCAUCCCUUCCUUGUUUGAUUGCCAGUGCCAGAUCUGUGUGGAAAUCCUAAUUGAGCCUGUGACACUCCCUUGUAACCACACGCUCUGUAAACCAUGCUUCCAAUCGACUGUCGAAAAGGCAAAUUUGUGCUGUCCCUUCUGUCGCCGCCGGGUCUCUUCGUGGACUCGGUACCAUACCCGAACAAAUUCUCUUGUCAAUACGGAACUGUGGGAGAUAAUUCAAAAACACUAUCCAGAGGAAUGCAAGCUUAGAGCCUCUGGGCAAGAAUCAGAGGAAAUUGUUGAUGACUAUCAGCCAGUUCGCCUAUUAAGUAAACCUGGGGAAUUAAGAAGAGAAUAUGAAGAGGAGAUAAGCAAGGUGGAGGCAGAGCGACGAGCCAAUGAGGAAGAAGAAAACAAAGCCAGUGAAGAAUACAUACAGAGAUUACUGGCAGAGCAGGAAGAAGAGGAAAAGAGACAGGCAGAAAAAAGGCAAAGAGAGAUGGAAGAACAACUGAAAAGUGAAGAAGAGCUGGCAAGAAAGCUAAGCCUUAAUAUUAACAAUUUCUGUGAGGGAAGUAUCUUGGCUUCGCCCUUGAAUUCCAAAAAAUCUGAUCCAGUCACAACCAAGUCACAGAAGAAAAGUAAGAACAAACAAACAAACACUGGAGAUAUUCAGAAGUAUUUGUCACCUAAAUCUCAACUUGGGUCAACAUCACAGGCUGAAGUUGUACAAGAAGACAGGAAAGACUCCAUGUCUAAGGAAACUGACAGCAGUGAUGUGAAGAGCCCUACAUGGCAAGACACAGAAAUUGAGGAAGAUAUGCCAACACUUUCUCCUCAGAUAUGCCUUGAAGUUCAAGAACAAGAUGCACAAUCUUCAGUGGAGUCACCUAUGCCUCAGUUAUGUGCCAGUGGUAGAGAAUGGUGCCUUGAAGGAAAAGUCAAAACAAGACCAAGCAAUCAUGAAAAAGAGUUAUGUGUCAUAAAUCAUGAGGGACCUGAAGCCAGAGUUCCCUACUCUGGAGAAGCUGCAGUUAAGCCUUGUGGCAAAACAGGGAAUCGGUGCACUGUAUCAGAUAUGACACAGAUAAUUAGAAAUAACACAGUUGAGACAGAAAAUGAAGAGUCUCACCUACUGAUCAGUAAAGAUAUCUCCAAAAGAAAAAACCAGGAAUCUUUGUCUGAAGCAGUUAAGGAUCCAUGCUUUUCUGCAAAAAGAAGAAAAAUGUUCCCCAAAGCUUCCUCAGACCAAGAAGAAACAGAAAUCAACUUUACCCAAAAACUGAUAGAUUUGGAAUGUCUACUUUUUGAGAGACGUAAACAAGAAGAACAGGACAGGUUAUUAGCAUUACAGCUUCAGAAAGAGGUGGAUCAAGAACAAAUGAGGCCAAACCGGCAAAAAGGAUCCCCAGAUGAAUAUCAGUUACGUGCUACAUCCUCACCUCCAGACAAAUUACUAAAUGGACAAAGGAAGAAUUCCAAAGAUAGAAACUUCAAAAGACAAACUGAUCUAGAGCAUCCAAAACCUAGGAGAGGCUCAAAAAAUGAAAAUUGGCAACCUUCUUUUAAGAUCCAGUUGAAACGUUCAGUUAAUGGAAGAAAGAUAACAAAUUCUACUAGAGAUAAUUGUAAUGUACCUAAAACUCCUCAUUCCCUACAGCCUAGUAAGUCACAGAAAAGUAUUUUUCAGAUGUUUCAGAGAUACACAAAGUAGUGCUUGGGUAAGGGGAGUGUUGUAUAAUCUAGUGAAGCUCUCUAUCAUAGAUUCUUUAUAAAUUUUUCAUUAAUUCUGCUCCAUGGACAUACUCACUGUCCUUAAUUAAAGGACGGCAUGAUUACAGGGGAGGAAUAUACAGAUGCGUUUCUGCCAAACUCUGUUGUAAGCAAGAGUCCCACUCCUUUCCUUUUUUAAUAACUGGUGUACUAAGUUUAAGUUGACAGUCGCGGGUUCGUGCACCGGUCUGGGAGGAUCCCACAUGCCGCGGAGCGGCUGGGCCCGUGAGCCAUGGCCGCUGGGCCUGCACGUCCGGAGCCUGUGCUCCGCAACGGGAGAGGCCACAAUAGUGAGAGGCCCGCGUACCGCAAAAAAAAAAAAAAAAAUGGGUUAGGAUCAACGUGAAAGCAGAAAAAUCAGAGUUUUCUGGAAAAUUAGGACUUAGUUGACAGAAAGGAAACUAGACUCUUGAUGCAAAAGUAGCUAAGCUUGGGAUGAGGCUGAGUGGGGUAGAUUGACAAUUUGGAGGCCUUGAAACUGAGUGGAUGAUCAGACAACUGGGUCUGAGUAGGCUGGAGUAGCAGGUGUAGUUUGGCAAAGUAUUCUUCCUCAUGCUUUCUUUGCUAGAUGGCAUAGAAAACAUUUGGGUUUUAACAGCUUUUCAUACCAUACUAUCUAAUCUGCUAUUCCAAAAAAAGGGGGGCAAUUUACUGUAGGAGAAUUAUGUCACAGUAUCCUGUUGUAGAACCUGACUAACCAUGUGUUUAUUUCCUUAUGUUAACCUUUGUAUUGAUACUGACUUUUAUUUGUGUUUAUGGACAAAAAUAGAAAGUAUGAUAUUUGGGUUUUGCCCUGUCUUGCCCCCAAAAGUUAAAUCAGAAGGCUGUGAUUUCAUUUUGUGAAAUUCAACUUAGAGACUAUUAAUCUUUUGUUUCAUUAAUACGAACAACUUUGAGCAAACAACUGUUUUAACAGCAUUGCUGCUGAUAUCUAGUUAGCCAUCCAUUUAAGGUAAUAAUGCAAUAAAAUGUCCUAGAGCUAAUAAUUCUAGCUUAAAUUUGUCAAUGUUUUUAUACGUAAUUAAGAUUUUUUUCCUCCAUAUUUUGUAACUGAAAUUCUGUAAUCUUUGCAUACUUGAUGGCAUCUACUUCAAUAUUGAUUGGGUAAUUAUGGGUAGAAUUCUGAUGCUAAUUUAAAAUUUAGUUUGCCCUUUCUCAAAAGUGAUUGUCCCUGAGUAAUGAUUGUGCUGAAAUGAAGUGUAGUUAGAAACUAACCAAAUUUGUCUAAAAGAGACUAAAAUAUAUCUUUUCAUCAAACCAAUAUUUUUAAGACCAAUUUUGCUUUACAUUUUAGUGACUCUUCAAAUUAAAAGUUAGAUAAUUAAAUCUUCCUGGAAUAGUCCAUGACCAAAAAGGGGAGAAAAUAGUGUAAUGUAUUUAGUAUUUACAUAUAUAACCACUUAUUUGUCUGUGAAGAAGUCUUCCUGACUAAAGUUGGUUUUAAGAUAAAUUUUAAUUUCUCAAUUAGUCUUUCUGAUACUACCAUGUAUGCAUUUUUUGAGAAACUAGUAAAUGUUUUGUGUCAGUCAUUAGAAUUUACUGAUACUUUCCUCCCAUUUUUAUGGAAGGGAUAUGAGAGUGUUUAAUUUCUCAGGGAGUGCUAAAACUAUGCAGAGGUUGAGAAUCUGAAAAUUAAAAUAAUUAUUAAAAAUUGAAAUGGACUGUGUGUUUUUCACAGUUAAAAAUAAACACAUGAAAAUAAAAAGUUCUGCAUAACAAAAACUACCAUAAAGGAAAAUUGGAAGACAUGGCAAACUUGAGAAGAAAUAGAUACAACUCAUCACAAAGAGCUAAUUUCCUUUAUAUAAAGUGUCUGCCAAUACGUUUAGAAAAAGACUAACAACCCCAAUGGAAAAUUAGAAAAGUUUAUGUUCCCAAGAAACAUAGUUCCCAGGAAAGGAAAUAUAAGUGGCUCUUAAAUGUUUGAAAAGAUGCAUAAUAUCACUUAUACUAAUACUCAUACAUUUUUCCACCCUUCAGAUUAGUAAAAGUGUUUUGUUUUGGGGGUUUUUUUUUUCCCCAAUCUUGGCAAGCAUGUGGGUAAAUAGGCACUCUUAUAUGUUGCUUGGUAUGAAUAGAAACUUUUAAAGCCCUAGAGAGGUAACCUUGGCAAUCUACCUCUAGGAAUUUCUUAAAGCUGUUUUCACAUAUAUGUAGAAUGGCAUGCAUAAAACAUUUUUGUUUGGCAUUGUUUGUAAUAACAAGCUUAGAAACAACCUUAAUCAUAUCAAGAAACACUAAAUAAAUGAUGGUAAAAUAGAAUACUAUACAGCAAUUAAGCAAAAAACCCACUUUACUGAUACGAAAAGAACUAUAAGAUAUAGAGUUAAACAAAAAAUACAAGAUGUAGAGUAGUGUACAUAGUGUGCAACCAUUUAUCCAAAGAAGAGAAAUAUAUAUUUAAGAGAGAUAAACAGUGUUGCCAGCAGGGAGAGAAACUGGGUGGCUGGGAGAAAGGAGUGGAAGAAUCACUUUUCUCUAUAUGUUCUUUUAUACUUUUAAAAUUUUCAAUCAUAUUGAAUAUAUCAUCUCUAAAUGUUAUUAAAAUAUUACAAGAUUGGGCUUCCCUGGUGGCGCAGUGGUUGCGCGUCCGCCUGCCGAUGCAGGGGAACCGGGUUCGCGCCCCGGUUUGGGAGGAUCCCACGUGCCGCGGAGCGGCUGGGCCCGUGAGCCAUGGCCACUGAGCCUGCGCGUCUGGAGCCUGUGCUCCGCAACGGGAGAGGCCACAGCAGUGUGAGGCCCGCGUACCACAAAAAAAAAAAAAAAAAAAAAAAAAAAAAUUACAAGAUUAAGGAUACUUAGGCAUCUCAACCUAUACCACUCUAGACAGUCCUUUUUUGCCUUUAAAUUCUAAGAAUCAUAAUUUAGGAAGGUUUUUCAGUGCAAAAAAAAAUAACGAAUUUUUGGAAAUAGCGUUGUGAAUGAAUUUGAAUAUAUUUAGCUUUAAUUACUAUUUUUAAAUUAUUUGAAAGCAAAGCUUAUGCUUUUCAGGUAGCAAUGCUGCAGACCUGCAGUCCUGCUGAGAACAAUGAGAAAAGCCAGAUAAAAAUGUAAAAUUUUUACAUUUAAAAAUUAAAAUGCUUUACUUAAAAGCAUCGGAAAGCUACUGAAACAAUGAGGACUAACUUAGGGGCUGAGAUUCUAGGAAGGGGAGAUUUGAGAGGUGAACUGAUGUUUGCAACCACUUGUUCGCUUGUAGCAUGUGCCUAUUCUGAAUGCAGGACGAGAAUCAGGGCUGCUGCUGGUGAACAGAGAAACCGGCAGAGCUCUUGGCCAUCUCAUGAAGCUGGAGUGACAGUAUUGGAGACUUGAGGGUCAUCAAACACAAGGUCGGUUUUCCUAUCAAGAUAACUGCAGUUUUGAAACUGUUCAGAGCAGAGGCCAAAAGGCUGAAAACCUCUGAAAAGCAGAGAGGAGUUGUCAUAAGGCUCACACUGCUGAUGAGACAAGAACAGAGUUCAGGACCUACCGGGGAAGGAAACCUGGUUGAACACACCAGGGCCUCAAUUGAAAGCCCUAGCACAGAAGUCUGCAAACUGCAUCCCAGGGGCCAAAUCUGCAUGUCGCCAAUAUUUUAGGGCCUGUGAGCUAAGAAUGGUUUUAAAUGGCUCUUCGAUUCCUUAGUUCACAUAUAAGGAAUUGAACAAUGGGACUAGUAAUUUGUGCAUGAGUUUUGGACCACCAAAACAAAGGCAUGUAGUGCAGGAGGGAAGAAAGAAUAAUUUCCUUCUUAACUUGGUCUCUAUCUGUUAAUCUCACUUUCUUAAUCUGUAAAUGGGAAUCAAUGUAACCAAGAGUUGCUAUCAAGAGUUAAGGGUAGUGGGACUUCCCUGGUAGUCCAGUGGUUAAGAAUCCGCCUUCCAAUGCAGGGCACACGGGUUCGAUCCCUGGUCAGGGAACUAUCCCACAUGCCGCGGGGCAAGUAAGCCCAUGUGCCUCAAUGAAAAAUUCCGCAUGCUGCAAGAAGGAUCUUGUGUGCCACAAGUAAGACCUGACACAGCCUAAUUAAUUAAUUAAAAAACAAAAGAGUUAAGGGAAGUAAUAGAGCACCUGGCACAGGCCCUGACUCAAAAAAGAACCUUAAUAAGUGAUAGUGCCUUUCUCCUGGCUAUCCUCCAGCCCCACUACUCCAUCAGUCCCACUUUUGGGAGAGUUUCACUUUAUCCAGUGACUUUGUGUACUGUAAGUACCCACGUGUGGCAUCCAGUAAAUGGCAAGUUACCUUUUUUCUACUCAUGAAGACUACUCACCUCUCCCCUACCAGAUGUAUCUACAGCUCCAUGUGUCACAAGAGACCCCUGCCCAUAGGUUCCCCUGUGUCACAGUUCCCAGAUUGCAAGAGACUUUAACCUCAGAAGAAACCAUUUCUCAGAAAUAUUUUGUGGCUUCCUCAAAUUCCUACACAAGUUCUACACAUUUGGUAUGCAUAAAGGUUUGUAAAUCACUACAAACUUUGAAAUGGGGAGUUGAGCCACUACUGAAUGUUUACCCGUAUCUUAAUUCCUGUGUAAAGAUCUUAAUAAACAAUCAUGACUUCAAAUUUUGAGUCUGUUUUGUUCUCCCCAAUAUAUAUUGCCUUGUUUUGGCAGGACUUGGAGCAACAUGGACCCUGAGUUCAACUGAGGGGACUGUUCUCCUACUUUACAUUUCACUUUACAUUUCUCUUCAACUUGGCUUUUGUGGUCCCAGGCUGCUGCAGUUAGGCUCUAUCCAUGAAACUAGUUUUUGUUUUGUUUGUUUUUUGUUUUUAAUUUUAUUUAUUUUUGGCUGCGUUGGGUCUUCAUUGCUGUGCAUGGACUUUUCUCUAGUUGCUGUUGUCUUCGUUGUGGUGCUCGGGCUUCUCAUCGCAGUGGCUUCUCUUGUAGUGGAGCAUGGGCUCUAGGCACGUGGGCUUCAGCAGUUGUGGCACACGGGCUUAGUUACUCCACAGCAUAUGGGAUCUUCCCGGACCAGGGCUCGAACCCGUGUCCCCUGCAUUGGCAGGCAGAUUCUUAACCACUGCGCCACCAGGGAAGCCCCAUGAAACUAGUUGAAUCCAGAAGGUUUUCUCUCAAUUGGGGAUCAUAAAUUGAGUUUGCCCAUCUUUUGUAUCAUUCCUCUUCAUUUCUUAAGACCCAUAAAAAGUUUGGGUGUCUCUAUUUUUUACUGCAGGAUUAGAAUCCCACUCCCUGGUCAGUUUAUGCUAGACAAAUGUAGAUUAUACUGGAUCUAUUGCUUGGGGUCCACUUAAGAAAACAACCAAAAUAGGUAUUUCAACAGGAAGUGCAGUAUAGGAAAUUGGUUAGACAGGUGUUGAAACAAAAGGGAACACAGAUAACCCAAAGAUGAUAACUGCAGGAACUGGCUACCACCCUCAGCUGGGAAACACACAGGAAGGGUUUUGGUUACCAGAAUGUAGGUGCUCAGGAUGUGUGGGAGAGCGGGCCUUGCAGACUUGGGUGUUCAGACCUUUGAGAAAGAAACACCUCCCAGCUACUGCUGGUACUCUGAAAGAGCCCGGUGAGUCUGGUUCUAGAAGAGUUGAAAGCAUUUGGAAUCUGGGGUCAACUGCCACUGCUGGGGCAGCACUGAUAGGAACAGCAAGAAAAAUGUCCCUUUUUCCCUUCCCUUCUAGUACCUCUUAUAGGUAAUAGAACUUAAUAGGAAGCUUGCUGGCAAAGGAGUCUGGGAGAGUCUGGAAAAGUGUUUUUUAUAUCCCAGCGGAGUUUAGAAUGGCAGGCUUGAGAAGACAGGCAGGAGCUAAGAGAUAAGAGGGGGGAGAAAGCAGAGAAGUUUUCCGUAAAUGGAUUCUAGUACAAAGAUGUCUUGAAAUCUCUAAGGCAAAAACUUGGAAAGUUCCUAUCCUGUUAAGAUGGAGUAAUAUGUGUGGGAAAUUAUGCUUAAGCACAAAUGCCCAGGAGAAGUAAAACCUCAUAAAGAAUCUAUGGAAGAAAACUGGAGAACCUUCCCAAGUGCUUGUAGAAAGCCCUAACAAUUGUUCAGUUCCUAUAUACCCAAGUGUCACCAUCUCGACCAAAACUGAUGAUUAGGGAGUAAGGUUUGUGUGUGCAACCCUAUACACAAGCUAACAAUCACCUAAAGGCACCAUUAUCCCGAGUGCCUACAAAGCUUUCUAAUUCCUCACCUAGCAGGAUGCCAAGAACCCCUCUCUGAAAUUUCUUCUACAGAAAAUUAAGGCCAUCAGACAUCAUCGCUAAAUUCCCAGAGCUCCUAGGAGGGUACGCCCUAGAAAUAAUAGAACACCAGGAUAAGAUUUAAAGGAGGGCAUUUUAGUAAUUGGAAUAGAUCAUAAUGAAGUAACUCCAGAGUAAUCCUAGAUUGCAAAAAAUUAGAUGACAGGAAUUAUGUAAUAAUCUUAGCAAGAGGCACUGAGAUAAUACCAAAUCAGUUUGGUUUCAAUGUGACAAUCUUUCUACUCCCAAAGAGCUUGAAGUGCUAUAGUUUAUACAAAUGUAUUCUAAGUUCAUUGACUUGAAAAGUGUUCAAAAUGAUUGUUCUUUUGGAAAAGCACCUUGUAAACAAAAAAAUGUAUUUGAUUCCUUCUAUUGGAAAAUGCUUAGAAAACAUAUUUAAAGCUUUUAUUUGUAUAAAGCUAAAAAUUACGUGAAUUAACUGGUUUACUUUUAGAAGAAAAAGAUUUUUUUUGGUGCUGAUUAGCAUGUCACAAACCAAAAAGUAGAUAAGAGGUCUAAUUGCCUAAGACUUAGGACCUUGGCUGGGGAGAAGUGGCAAUUUUAAUGUUGCAUAAUAGCAAAAACUACCAAAAAGAUGGGAGCUGAACCAACCAUGCCUCUUUUCUUUGGUUUAAAAAAAUAAUUUAUGCAUCAUGUAUUUUACUGAAACCUUUAUUCUAAAUUUAGUGGCUUCUGGGGGAAGGAUAAAUUAGGAGGUUGGGGUUAACACAUACACACUACUAUGUAUAAAAUAGAUCACCAACAAGGACCUACUGCAUAGCACAGGGAACUAUGCUCAAUAUUCUGUAAUAACCUACAUGGGAAAAGAAUCUGAAAAAGAAAAAAAUAUAUAUAUAUAUGCAUUACUAUGCGGUACCCCUGAA